UUUUUGAGAUAUUUACUUUGUUGAGUUUGUUCUUCUCUCUCAAACAAUCACCAAAAAUGGGUUUCCGUUUAAAUGUUAUUCGACGGGCAUCAUUCACAGCUAGCCAAGCAGCUCUAAAAUCAGCAGAAGUUCCAAAGGGCUAUGUUGCAGUGUAUGUUGGAGAGAAACAGAAGCGGUUUGUUGUCCCAAUAUCAUACUUGAACCAACCAUUGUUUCAAGAAUUGCUACAUCAAGCGGAAGAAGAAUUUGGAUAUGAUCAUCCCAUGGGUGGCCUCACCAUUCCUUGCUCCGAAGAUGUGUUCCAACAUAUAACUUCUUGCUUGAAUGGGCUAUGAUUCUUACACUGUAACAUACUGAUAUACGCUAGAUUAGCUGAGACAUUUUUCAAAUAGGCAUUUAUUCGACUUGUGAAGUUGUAAAUUUAUGACACUUUUCAUGAGAAAUGGAGAAAUAUUACCAUCUGAAUAUCAAAUUCAAAAAUAUACUGUCCUCUUUUUCCUUAUUUA